AUGUUUCGUCUGUGUAAUUUGGGUGGUCGAUCAUCAUCCGCAAUAAUUUCUCAAAUAAUAAAACGUACAUAUGCUAAAGAUAUCAAAUUUGGCACAGAUGCUCGUGUACUAAUGUUACAGGGUGUGGAUAUAUUAGCGGAUGCCGUCGCUGUCACUAUGGGCCCAAAAGGACGAAAUGUUAUUCUUGAACAAAGUUGGGGUUCACCAAAAAUAACAAAAGAUGGUGUCACAGUGGCCAAAGGCAUUGAAUUAAAAGAUAAAUUUCAAAAUAUUGGUGCAAAAUUAGUACAAGAUGUAGCUAAUAAUACAAAUGAAGAAGCUGGUGAUGGAACAACAGCAGCCACGAUUCUUGCACGUGCGAUAGCCAAAGAAGGUUUUGAUAAAAUAAGCCGUGGUGCAAAUCCAAUCGAAGUACGAAGAGGUAUUAUGUUAGCUGUUACAAGUGUUGUUGCAGAACUAAAAAGAAUGUCCAAACAAGUAACAACACCCGAAGAAAUUGCUCAAGUAGCAACAAUUUCCGCCAAUGGAGAUGUGUCGAUUGGUGAUAUUUUGUCAAAUGCAAUGAAGAAAGUUGGAAAAGAUGGUGUUAUCACCGUUAAGGACGGAAAAACUCUAAACGAUGAAUUGGAAGUUAUUGAAGGAAUGAAAUUUGAUCGUGGCUUUAUCUCACCUUAUUUUAUUAAUACAUCCAAAGGUGCCAAAUGUGAAUUUCAAGAUGCACUUAUACUUCUUAGUGAGAAAAAAAUAUCAUCUCUUCAAGAAUUUAUUCCAGCACUUGAAUUAGCCAAUAGUAUAAGAAAACCAUUAUUGAUCAUCGCCGAAGACGUUGAUGGAGAAGCGUUAACAACACUUGUUCUCAACAGAUUGAAAGUUGGUUUACAAGUAUGUGCUGUAAAAGCACCUGGAUUUGGUGAUAAUAGAAAAAAUACAUUGAAAGAUAUAUCAAUUGCAUGUGGUGGAACAGUAUUUGGUGAUGAAGCAAAUCUAACAAAAUUAGAUGAAAUACAAGCAUCUGAUUUUGGACAUGUAGGCGAAGUAACAAUAACAAAAGAUGAUACAUUACUCAUGAGAGGUAGAGGUGAUCCACAAGGUAUACAACGUCGAGUUGACCAACUAAAAGAAGAAAUUGAAGAAACAAACAGUGAAUAUGAAAAAGAAAAAUUACAAGAACGUUUAGCUAAAUUAUCAAAUGGUAUUGCCGUUUUGAAAGUGGGUGGUUCAUCCGAAGUGGAAGUGAAUGAGAAAAAAGAUCGUAUUACUGAUGCAUUAAAUGCCACACGAGCAGCCAUUGAAGAAGGAAUUGUGCCUGGUGGUGGAGUUGCACUCUUACGAUGCUUAAAAACAUUAGAUAAAGAUGUACCAACAAUUAAUGAAGAUCAAAAAAUUGGUGUUGACAUUGUGCGAAAAGCGUUACGUAUGCCAUGUUUUACAAUAGCUAAAAACGCCGGUAAAGAUGGUAGUGUUAUUGUUGAGAAAGUUAUUAAUAGUUCAUUUGAAAUUGGGUAUGAUGCGCAGAAAGAUGAAUUUGUUGAUAUGGUUAAAAACGGAAUUAUUGAUCCGACUAAAGUUGUUCGAUCAGCAUUACAAGACGCCAGUGGUGUCGCCUCGUUGUUGACCACGGCUGAAGCUGUUGUAGUUGAAUUACCGAAACCAGAAAAAGAAGCAGGAGCCGCUGGAAUGGGUGGCGGAAUGGGAGGCAUGGGUGGCAUGGGAGGCAUGGGUGGAAUGUAUUAG